CCGCCGCCUGAAACGACUCUCAGAUGAGUCCUCUUUGCGUCUGACCCAUCUAAUCCUAUUUGUAUUCCUCCCUCGGCCCAUUCCAAACAACGACAACCCAACCUUUUUCAAGUGUCUCCCCAAACACCUCCCUCUCUAGGGCUACCCCACAUCCAUAAUCUGUUCCUUGCAUGAUCACAUCCAUCGCCAGCCUUGCGGAUCAAGGAUGCCUGUGCAGAUCCUGAUUAGUACUGCAAUCAUGGCGUAUACAAGGAGGUAGUGAAACCUUCUGUUCUGCCUGGUGAACGUUGAACCCUCGCCCAUCCCCCGCCUAACCAUAACUGACGUGACUUAUGGAGCCUAAACAGUUUUUGACGGAUUCUCAGUUGCAGGAACUGAAAAAGUGUGUGGAGAAUGUAAGAUUAGGAAAUAACAUUCUUUUCGCCAGUUCAGUCCUAUUUGUGAGUCAAAAUUGCGCCCAACUUCCCAGAAUACACUACGUCAAUAUAAAAUGUCCGCAGCUGUUCGACUAUCUCUUGACGGUAUCCGACGAAGUCAGAUAUCUGAGGAGAUCCAAACGACUCUCGAUAGGUACCGGAGCUUACAUCGCAUCCCGCUACGGCGCUCUGUUGGCGGCCAUUUUAGCUAUUCCAGCUGUACAUGAUCUGAACUUGGACAGAGUGAAUACAGUGGUUCGCGUUGUCCCAAUUGUCGCCUCCGAAACAAUUAUUGCCGCUCGAACAUGGGUGAUAUGGGGUAGAAGUCGGACGAUAUUAUGGACCCUCGUCAUAUUUUCUUUGCUUUUUGCGAUCCCUGCUCUAAUCAUCAUCGGGAAAAAUGUUGCUACCAGUAGGGUACACCCGCUCAUAACUCCGGAGUUGGUAGACCUCUGUAGUGCAACAUUUGGAGACAUUCCAGGUGCUUUUAUUGUUCCAUAUCUCCUGACUAUUCUCUACGAGAUCGGUGAGGCCUACCUUGACUUGUUAGUCGGACAUACGAUGAUGGACAACCCUUCCAAUAGUCACACUCUCCUUGUCAUUGUUUCGCAUUGCACAGGUGAGAAAGAAAAUACCAAAGACCAUAAGAUCACCGUUGUUGAAUACUCUGUGGAGAGAUGGCGUCGUAUAUUUUAUGUUCAUGCUACUUUUAUCUGCCAUAAACAUCGGUGUCAUACUGCAACCUGAGGCCCCUCAAUUACGGACAGGUGGCGCGAGCCUACAAGCGGUACUACAUAGUAUAGUGGCAUCUCGUAUCGUACUCCACCUUGCGAGCUCGAAAAACCCUCGAGUUAUCACCAGCGCCCCAACUUCAGGUCGCUCCAAAACUGUCACGGAUAUCGAGCUCAACUCGCGGUCCUCAAUAGAUUGCAAUGUGGGCCGACUUCCGGUUUCAAGGAAGUGAAACGAGUACGAAGAUGAAUAAUGGAGAAGUGAUAAAAAAACCAAGUCGAUAGGUGUUUAGAAAUUUGUUUAUUUCGUAAAGCUCGCCUUGGGUAAACGCUCCUGCUCAAAAUACCGUCC